AUGUCCUCUUUAAGAAGAAAAAAACAACUACUAGGAUAUGCUGCUGUUUACUAUAUACAUAUGAAUAUGGUAAAAGCACGAUCUCCAAGAUCAAUUUGGAUGAAGAGUUGGCUGUCGGAUAAGACAAAAUUUGGUCACUUACCAUUAAUUAGUGAACUUAGAAAUAAUAAUCCUGAAGAUUUUAAAAAUUAUUUAAGAAUUGAUGGAACAACAUUUGAUUUCUUACUAGAUUUAAUUGGACCAUUAAUACAAAAAGAGGAUACCAUCAUGAGGGAAAGUAUUCCUCCAGAACAAAGAUUGUUAGCGACACUAACAUUUUUAGCUACUGGUAUGUCUUACCAAAGACUAAAAUUUUCAACUGCCAUAUCAGCUAGCAGCUUAUGCGAAAUAAUACCAGAGACUUGUGAUGCAAUUUUUAAAGUUUUGAAAAAGGAUUACCUAACUUUUCCAAAAAAUAAAAAUGAAUGGCAAUCAAUCAGUAAAGGGUUCAAAGAUCAAUGGCAGGUCAUCAACUGUGGAGGUGCUCUUGAUGGAAAGCAUGUGCGGAUAAUACCACCGAAAGAUUCAGGAGCCCAUUUUUACAACUAUAAGGGCUUUUACAGUAUGGUGUUGAUGGCAUUGGUUAACUCUAAUUACGAGUUUAUCUAUGUUGAUAUUGGGAAAAAUGGUAGAUGUUCUGAUGGAGGAGUAAUCGAACAUACUACAUUCUACAAAAAAUUAUUGGCUGGGACAUUAGAUUUGCCUAACAAUUAUGAAACUGAAGAAAACUUGAACUUCUCAUUCUUGGCUGAUGAUGCAUUUGCAUUACAUAACCAUGUAUUGAAACCGUACCCAGGAAGUGGAGUUACGCAUGAAGAACGGAUAUUCAAUUAUAGAUUGGCUAGAGGCAGGAAUGUAGUAGAAAAUGCAUUUGGACUUUUAACAAGCCGAUUUAGAGUUCUACACACAGCUAUAAAUAUGUCACCAGAUAAUAUAAAAAAAGUUGUUCUAGCAAUUUGUGCCCUGCACAAUUUUUUGCGAAAAACAAGUAACUCUUAUGCUUCAAAUAAGACAUUUGACAAAGAAGACACGAAUACACAUGAAAUUAUAAAUAAUGGCGAUUGGAGAAAUGAAGCAGCUGAUAUCACUGAAAUUCAAAAACUUGUACAACGAAAUGCCCAUUCUGAUGCAAAAAUUAAUCGGAAUAAUUAUAAACAAUUUUAUAAUGAAAAAGGGAAAGUAGAUUGGCAAGAAGAAAUGUUGCAAAAGGGAAAAGCAUAG